AUGCUGCGGUUCCUGCGCAGGACCUUUGGCCGGCGGUCGAUGCAGCGCUACGGGCGAGGACCAGGGCGCGGAGCCGGGCGAGGUGGGCUCAGCGAGGAGGGGGACGAGCGGGACGGGGGGCUGCGAGGAGCCGCCGCCGCUGCCGUCGGCUCGGGAGGCUUCCCCUCAUCGCCGCACCCCGGAGGGGUUGUACACAGUGCCGGAGCCCCUGUCCACAUCCCGGCGGCCGGCGGCAGUAAGCCGGUGCUGCAGUGCCGCGUCCUUCUCCUGGACGGGACCGAAGUCAGCGUGGAGCUGCCGAAAAAUGCAAAGGGACAGGAAUUGUUUGACCAGAUUGUAUAUCAUUUGGACCUUGUGGAAACUGAUUACUUUGGCCUACAAUUCAUGGAUGCUUCCCAGGUUACACACUGGUUAGACCAUUCAAAAUUCAUUAAGAAGCAAAUAAAAAUUGGACCUCCAUACACGCUGCAUUUUCGAAUUAAGUACUAUUCAUCAGAACCGAACAACCUUCAUGAGGAGUUUACAAGAUACCUGUUUGUAUUACAACUCCGGCAAGACAUUCUUUCAGGGAAACUGAAAUGCCCCUAUGAAACUGCGGUUGAGCUAGCAGCUCUGUGUCUUCAAGCUGAACUGGGAGAGUGUGAGCAUCCAGAGCACACACCAGAACUCGUGUCUGAAUUCAGGUUUGCACCAAACCAGACUGAAGCAAUGGAAUUUGACAUUUUUCAGAAAUGGAAAGAGUGCAGGGGAAAGAGCCCUGCGCAGGCUGAGCUGUGUUAUUUGAACAAAGCCAAAUGGCUAGAAAUGUACGGUGUAGAUAUGCAUGUAGUUAAGGGAAGAGAUGGUUGUGAAUAUGCCCUUGGACUGACGCCAACAGGCAUAUUGAUCUUCGAAGGAGCCAAUAAAAUAGGCUUAUUCUUUUGGCCUAAAAUCACAAAAAUGGACUUUAAAAAAAGCAAACUAACGCUUGUGGUUGUAGAAGAUGAUGAACAGGGCAGAGAGCAAGAGCACACAUUUGUUUUCCGGUUAGACAGUGCCAAAACGUGCAAACACCUGUGGAAGUGUGCAGUGGAGCACCACGCUUUCUUCAGAUUGCGAGCCCCAGCAAAUAGCAAAUCUAAUAGAUCCGACUUCAUAAGGCUGGGAUCACGCUUCAGAUUCAGUGGGAGGACAGAGUAUCAAGCAACACAUGGGACAAGAUUACGGAGAACUAGUACAUUUGAAAGAAGGCCCAGUAAGCGAUACCCUUCUCGAAGGCAUUCAACUUACAAAGCAAACAAUCCUGUGAAAGCUGCACAACUGUGUGCUAAAAAUACUCCUGAAGUCCAUAACUACCAGCCCCAAUAUCAUCCCAAUAUACAUCCUGCUCAGCCACACUGGCAUCCACAUACACCUGUGAAUGUAAGGCCACCCUAUCACGAUGACAGGCCAUAUUGGAAACCCCCCACAAGUGGAGAGGACAGCAAUUUACAAUAUAUCCAGGAACAGAACCAGAAGAAUUUAGGAGGAGUCCAAAGCAUGAUGUACCACGAUAAACUCAUGACGACCCUCUGAAAAGCAGCCAUCUUCAUUUCACCUGCCAUCCUAGACUGUCAUUGCAUUCCAUGGUCUUUGUCUGUCUGCAGUAUGUUCAAAGUGCAUUGUGCAUAAAGCGUGUGUGGUGUCUUUUGUAUGUACAUCCAUCCUUGUUUAGUGUUCAUGGACAUUCUUGGAAAAAGUCUUUUCCAUAUCUUUGUAAAAAAUCUUGAAAAAACUUUUGUGAAAGCUGGUAAGAAUUUUCAGUGCCCCAACGCCAGAAGUUUUUCUGGGGAUUUACAUUCUACCAUACUUUCAAGUCUGUGACUCUGCCUGAUGUUGAAGAUCAUCCAUUUGUGCCUUAUUUUUAUUAUCUUGUUUCUUUUGAGUCAAAUUAAUAGGUGAAGUUUGAGAAACUUAGGGUUUUUUAGUUGACAUGCAAAUAGGACAUUAGAGGGAGGGAAAAAACAGAAUUCACACUGGCAAUCAAAGGGGCUUAUAGACCACCAACAAAGGGAGCUUGCUGAGGUAGUCAUAGGUCUGAGUGUCAUUUGGUUUUAAUUUUUGUGUUCUGCAGCAAAAAUAGAGGUGCUUGCCUAACUUUGAAAACAAGUAUAGGGGUAGAAUAUUAUGAUGAACUUCACAGAGUAUGUGUAUUCCUUUUUUUGUUUUGACUUGCUGAUUAUAUUGAGAGCAUUCCCCAAAACCAUACCUGCUGCUAUAAAGGCAAGAAUGUUAAAAACAAAUCCUUGCUAUAAAAGGGUGCUGCUGUCUUCUUAUUUUUAAUGUGAUCAUGGAAGUGAACUAUACAAUCACAUAAAACUACCUGCUGAUACCUUUUCUCUGAGUGGGUUCAAAAACACAGCUCGUAAUCGGUACACUACAAUAUGAGGACAAUCCAGUGAAAUAGCUCUAUUUUUUUAAAGUUAAAUGUUUGCAAAGUUGAAUAUAUUUUAAAAACCUUAGUCUUUAAAUAGGCUUGGCUGGUAUUUUGAUCGCUUGACGAUUAUUUUUUAAAACAAAACAAACUGGAAAUGAUAGUGCCAUCUUCACUCUGCGUUUGUUUUAAUUAGGCCUCACAUCUGCGGUCUCUCUGAAGUUGUUGGAAUGAAUGCAUCUUCAUAUUUUAAAAAUGAAGUAGUUUUAACUUGAUUUCAA